CUCCUCUUUCAUUCCAAGUUACAUAUUCACCUACGUUCCUACAAGAGCGAGGAACUCAACUGACACCCUCCAUCCACCCGACAAAGAAAUAACCGCGUAGAGUAAAUGUGCCAGCCACCCCAUCAAGGACCACUUUUUUCAAACGGGCAUACCAGACGCACCAUUCGCCGCCCUCCCCCUUGUUUUGCUUUCCGUUAGCUUUCGUUUGAGCACUUCAGCGUGCAGAUCGGCGCACGCAGCCCCGAGCUACAGCAACGCGCCCACCAGCAGUCUCGAUGCGGCGCAUCUUCGCCCUCGUUGGCCCCCUGCUGCUGAGCAUGGGUCGGUGUAGAGUGAGCGCGGAGGCUGCUGCGAAGGCCUGUGAAGCGGUCCGCAGCGGUAGCACGUCACGUAACCCUGCUGCUGCUGCCUACGGGGUCAACAAGACGUCGCUCUCGCGGCGGCUGAGCGGUGAGCGUGCCAUGGACGCCCGGGUGGGCCCCGGGACUGUCAUGACCGCAGCAGAGGAGGAUGCGCUUGAAGAUGUUCUGCUCUCUGUAACGACGGUCGACCGAUCCCAUGGACCCCUGACAAGGGCCGNUGCCUACGGGGUCAACAAGACGUCGCUCUCGCGGCGGCUGAGCGGUGAGCGUGCCAUGGACGCCCGGGUGGGCCCCGGGACUGUCAUGACCGCAGCAGAGGAGGAUGCGCUUGAAGAUGUUCUGCUGUACGCUGGUCGGAACCAUGUUCCGCUCACCACCGCAGACCUCACGGAGCGUAUGAGACAGCUCUGUAACGACGGUCGACCGAUCCCAUGGACCCCUGACAAGGGCCGGGAGGAGCUGGCUUGAGGGCUUCCUCGGACGGCACGAGCGCAUCAGCCUUCGACUCGCCCGCAUCUACGAGUCCAAGAGGGUGACCUCCGCGGAAGAUGAACGUCUGCACAAGUUCUACGACUUCUGGGGCUAGUUCCUCGACGAGCACCAGCCGGCGGCCGACCAUGUCUGGAACACGGACGAGUCAGGUGGCACCGUUCAAGGUACGCAGUGACAGCGGGUCGUGGCGGAACGGGGGCAGCCAGUGGCCGCCCAGAUGCGCUCCACCUCGCGAGAGAAGUGCACGAUCAUCACCACCAUCAACGCCGCCGGCGCCGUGUUGGCCCCUACCAUCAUCUUCAAAGGGCAACGCUUCAACGGAGAUUGGGUCGCGGAUCUCAACGGCCCGCCGGGUGCAUUCGACGACUGCACGGAGUUGUCCUUCAUGUGUGAUGAGGUGUUCAUCAAGUACAUCAAGAACUUCCACAAGCAGCUCGGCGACCGCAACUUGCUCGACGGAAAACCCCACGUGCUCGU